GCGCGGGGGGGCGGCUGGGGCCGGGCAGCAGAGCCGGUGCGUCCGGGCGGCGGCGGGGAGCCGUGCGGGGCCCGGGCCGGGGCCGGCAGGCAGAGCGGCGGCGGCGGGCGGCGCGGCAGGAAGGAUGGGCGAGCGUUGUGGUGCGGCGGUGGUGCGGGUGCUGGUGCUGCAGGCGGCCUGGGCGCUGUCGGGCGGGCAGGUGCGCUACUCGGUGCCGGAGGAAGCCAAGGCCGGCACGGUGGUGGGCCGUCUGGCGCAGGACCUGGGCCUGGAGGCGGGCGAGGCGGAGGCGCGGCGGCUGCGGCUGGUGGCGCCGGGCCGGCGGGCGAGCGUGGAGGUGAGCGGGGCGAGCGGCGCGCUGGUGGUGAGCUCGCGGCUGGACCGGGAGGAGCUGUGCGGCAAGAGCGCGCCGUGCGCGCUGCGCCUGGAGGUGCUGCUGGAGCGGCCGCUGCGCGUCUUCCAUGUGCAGCUGGAGGUCACCGACAUCAACGACAAUGCCCCCGUCUUCCCCGCCGCCCGGAAAAACCUCAGCAUCGCGGAAUUAUCUACAAUGCCCGGGUCUCGUUUCCCGCUGGAGGGCGCGUCGGAUGCGGAUAUCGGAGUAAACGCGCAGCUCACCUACACACUCAGCCCCAGCGAGCAUUUCUCUCUGGAUUUACAAAAAACGGAGGAGGACGGUGAGUCCUUAUUCCUGGUGCUCAGGAAAUCUCUGGACCGCGAGACGAUUCCCGUGCACCGGUUGGUGCUGACGGCGAGUGACGGGGGCCGGCCGUCUCUGACGGGGACAAUGGAGCUGGUGAUCUCUGUGCUGGAUGUGAACGACAACGCGCCCCAGUUCAACCAGUCUGUGUAUAAAGUGCAGCUGCCAGAAAAUGCAGAACGCGGCACCUUAGUCAUCAAACUAAAUGCCACGGAUUUAGAUGUAGGUUCAAACAGUAAUAUCUCGUAUUCUCUCGAGACUCUGUUUCCUCAGGAUGGAAAAGGCGUUUUCGGAAUCGACAGAAAAAGCGGAGAGAUUCGUCUCUUGAGUAAUUUAGAUUUUGAGGAAGUUAGUCUGUACCGCCUGCAAGUGGAUGCUACAGAUCAAGGAAAUCCUCCACUGUCGGGUCACUGCAAGGUGGUGCUGGAGGUAGUGGACGUGAACGACAACGCGCCAGAGGUGUGGGUGACGUCGCUGUCGGUGCCGGUGCCCGAGGACGCGUCGUUGGGGACGGUGGUGGCCCUGCUGAGCGUGUCGGACCGGGACUCGGGGGAGAACGGUCGCGUGCGGUGCUGGGUGUGGCCGGCGUCGCCGUUCGGUCUGGAGGCGACGUUCGCGGGCUCGUACUCGCUGGUGCUGCGCGAGGCGCUGGACCGGGAGCGGGUGUCGGAGUACGAGGUGGAGGUGCGUGCGGAGGACGGCGGGGCGCCGGCGCUGCGCGCCAGCCGCGGGCUGCGGGUGCCGGUGUCGGACGUGAACGACAACGCGCCCUUGUUCGCGCAGGCCGUGUACACGGUGCUGGCGCGGGAGAACAACGCGGCGGGCGCGGAGCUGGCGCGGCUGUGGGCGCGGGACCCGGACGAGGCGGCCAACGGGCGCGUCAGCUACUCGGUGUGGGACGGCGGCGUGGGCGUGGGCGUGGGCGGCGGCGCGGGGUCGUCGUCGGGUGGCAGCGGGUGGCGUCCGGCGUCGAGCUACGUGUCGGUGGACGCGGAGAGCGGGCGGCUGUGGGCGCUGCAGCCCUUGGACUACGAGGAGUUGCAGGUGCUGCAGUUCGAGGUGCGCGCGGUGGACGCGGGGGAGCCGCCGCUGAGCGGCAACGCCACGGUGCAGCUGUUCGUGCUGGACGAGAACGACAACGCGCCGGCGCUGCUGCCGCCCGCGGGCUCGGCAGCGGAGGCGGGCGGCGCGGCGGCGGCGGCGGAGGCGGCUUUGGCGCUGGCGGGGGCGGGCUCGGAGUCGGGCACGCUGUGGGCGUGGGCGGCGUGGGGCGCGCCCGCGGGCCAGGUGGUGGCCAAGAUCCGCGCCGUGGACGCCGACUCGGGCUACAACGCGUGGCUGCGCUACGAGCUGUGGGAGCCGCGGGGCAAGGGCCCGUUCCGCGUGGGGCUCUACAGCGGCGAGGUGAGCACGGCGCGGGCGCUGGACGAGGCGGACGGGCCUCGCCAGAGGCUGCUGAUCGUCGUGCGCGACCACGGCGAGCCGGCGCGCUCGGCCACGGCCACGCUCAGCGUGUCGCUGCUCGAGGCCGCCGAGGCGGCGCUGGCCGCGGGCUCCUCCUCGUCGUCGUCGUUGUCGGCGGUGUCGCGCUCGGCGGCGGGCGUGGAGCUCGGGGCCGGGGCGGCGAGCGCGGCCACCAACGUGUGGCUGGUGGUGGCCAUCUGCGCCGUGUCCAGCCUCUUCCUGCUGGCCGUGGUGCUGUACGCGGCGUCGCGCUGGGCGCCGCGGGCGGCCGUGCUCUCGGGGCCCGGGCCCACGACGCUCGUGUGCGCCAGCGAAGUGGGCAGCUGGUCCUACUCGCAGCGCCACAGCCGCAGCCUGUGCGUGGCGGACGGCGCUGCCAAGAGCGACCUCAUGGUUUUCAGCCCCAACUUCCCUCCGCCGCCGCCCGCUCCUGCAGCCAAGGACACGCAGCCGGAGCCCUCCGCUCUCCUCGACACGGUCAGUGGCAAUACCUUGCUCAACCUUAUUUCUUCUCUAUUUAUUCUGCCUCUUUUUUUCUGUGCCCUGGGCAGUCGGUGCUGUGAUCCAGGCCAAAUUGCCGCAGCCCGAAGGCAUGUGUGCUUGACAGGUGCUUGGGAAAUCAAAGGCACCUUUGUAACUGUCGCAGGGUCCUGCCUGAGUCCCAGAACUCCUCCUGAUGGCACGGGUAACCUUGCCAGUGAAAACAUGUGUCGCUGCACCCCUUUUCUGUUACUGUCCGCAGCUGAGGUGUCUUGGCGUGGACAUGAAUUUCUUCCCCCUUAGAUGAAGUCACUUUUCUAAGGAGUCCGCUUUACAGAUAAUGCUCUUGCGGUCCGGUAUAUAGUGUUUUCUCCGAGGUUUUUUGUAGGUCCGCAGAAGUAGGGGGCUAUUCUCUGAACAGACACCCAGGUACUGUGUACUGCCUUCUUGCCUUUGUAGAGUGCUAACUUGGGCGAUAUCACCUCUGGUUUCUUCUCUGUCCUCAUCCUGUGUUAUUUUCCUCUACAAGAUUUGUGGAGCCAGCUGGACUUGUGGUCUAAUAUAUUUUCAAUCGGCAGAGUGUUAUUUCUCCAUUUUGGCUGGUCCCACAGAGUCAUUGUGAAAACUCGGAGGGUGUUCUGGAGCAGUGGGAAGACUUGUCUGAUGGAACUGGAAACAAUUUGUAAAAUGAUGGUCCAU